CUGUUGCGCUUGUUUUGCGCUGGAGGUUGACUGAUCCAGCGGCAACAGCGCAGGCUCCGGGCGGCAAAAUAGAUUUUCCUGUUCGCCGAAGGGCAGCCGCGCAUUUAUCACCACCCACUCAUCCCAUACUUCACCCUUUCGCCCACCCGAAGCUACAACACACCCGCCAACCCAGGCCUCCCAGGAUCCUUUAUAGGUUCUUUUGAUUUCCGCUAACUUGUGCACCUCUGGAAUGUUCCAUAUAUUUUGCCAUAUCUAUUGUAUUAAACCUUCAACUUCCCCUUCACAGCUACUACAGACUCAUCAAGUCUAGCCCGCACCAUAACAACAACAACGCCUCACAGGAUCUUCUGCACAGCAGACAUAUAAGGUCCCGCCUACCACUCUCUUGACGCAAAUCUCUUGAAUACCAAGCCAUGGAUCAGCCACCACAAGAUAAUCAGGCCACAACGGCGCCCCCUCCAACAGAACACCUGAAUAUCAAAGUGACCGACAACAACAAUGAGGUUUUCUUUAAGAUCAAGCGCACGACACAACUCAAAAAGCUAAUGGAAGCGUUCUGCACGCGACAAGGCAAAGAUAUCUCGGCAGUGCGCUUUCUGUUUGAUGGAACUCGGGUCAGACAGGAUGACACACCAGAUACUCUCGAUAUGGCCGAUGGCGAUACCCUAGAGGUACACCAAGAACAAGUUGGUGGCUAACUAGACUUAUCUGCUUACCUGCCCAUCUACCCGAUGCAACGAAUUCUCUUUCUCGUUUUUUAUGACAUAUCCUAAUCUAAGCCCAAAAUUUUCUGGAAUGGCACACUUAGAAGGCCAUAUCCCUGCUGUGAACCGACCCCCCUCCCCCCGCCCCUUUUUUUUUUCCCCCUCUAUCAGGUUUUUUAUAACCAAAAGCUGUUGAUGAGCCAUUGUAGCUCUUCCGCAUCUCGUCCUUUUUAUGAAACUCUCUACAUACUCGUGAUUUUUUAUGUUUCCUGUAUCUGAAUCAGCCGCAGCACAUUCGACUGAAAAAUGUCUUAGCUUAGUGGGCAAAAAAUAUCGUCAAUGCAAGACAUACUUCUCUGCAGGUGCCAAAAGUUAACAGGGCCCAUGCUUUGUGUAACGACUGUGAUAUUCCUCACCGACGUUAUUCACCACUUGUUGGCCCCGUUUCUCACGUUUUCUCUAAGACACUUUGCUUUGUUCUUGGUUAGACAGUUUUAUUCCGUGCAGCGAACCUCCGCCUUCCCUCUCUACUCUCGGUUUUUUUUUAGCGUUUGUGUUGCGACCCAAAACAAGAAAACGAAAAAAAGGGGCCCAGCCAUGGGGAGAAGAUAGAUACUAUGAGAGACAUGCUCUGUGCCUGAGCUUUCACAUCUGUCCCGUUUCUGUGAUCUGAGCUGUGUCUGAACGUGCUGCUUGUGCCCAUCCUUCCCCGCUCUGCUUUUCUGCGCAUGUUCCUGUGAUUUAGCGCUUUCUAAUUAAAUUCUUUUCCGCUGGUCCCGGCUGGUGACGUCGUAUUCGAACUGCAGUGGAGGGAGGAUAAUUCGAUCUUAGGGAGGAGACAUUUGGAAAUUUCUCGCGGAAUGAAAAGGAAAUGUAAUUAGUGGCGAGAGAUAAUAAACCGCCGGUACACAUAUUUGCUUAUCUAAUUUACUUUCUGUGCCUUUAGCAUCCUAUUUCAAUCCAUUCUUGCGGUCAAGUUAAGAUCAUACAACCUUGGUGCCCAUAUCCAUACACUAGGAGAACUAUGCUAAGUGAAGUCUUUUUUUUUU